ACGCUGAUGAUUGACUCCGAGUUGUGUCUGUGCGAUUGUCCCGGACUAGUAUUUCCCAACUUCGUUUCCAGCAGAGCCGAAAUGAUUCUGAACGGUAUCCUAUCGGUCGAUAAUGCCACGGACCCUCUUUCCGCCGUCUCUCUCAUAACGGACGUCGUUCCCGAGCACGUGCUACGAGCUACCUAUAACCUGUUCCUUCCCACGUCUGGUGAAGGUUCAGAUUCUCAUCCAUCCCUCACCGCUCGAGAGUUCCUGGAAGCCUACGGCCAGACCAGAGGACUAUUGACUGGCGGUGGACUUCCCGACGUUUCUCGGGCGGCCCGGCGAGUUCUGAAAGACUUCGCCGACGGAAGACUGCUGUAUUGUCGGGCUCCUCCCGGAGUCGAUCAGAAGACCUUCCACCCCUUUCCCGAUGCCGGUUCUCGGAUUGCGCAUCCCCAACCAGAAGAGAAAGAGUUCGUCCGAGAGUUAGACCGGAACUUCUUCGGAAAGGCCUUAUCGUCGGUCCAUACCAAGGACGCAGGAAGGCAACCUGGCUCGACCGGAAGUUCAUCUGUGCCGGAAGGGAAGCCUUGGAAGAAACAUUAUAAUAGAAACAAAAAGGAGAAACUGAGACGAGUGUACGCACAUUUAGACCAGUGACUUGUACAUAUUUCUGUUGUAAUUCCGCCUCCCCACUAUUAAAACAUGUACAGUACAGACUCAAAAA